CCUCCCCACAGCCAGAUGAUGGCUACAGCCUUGGAACCAGAGGACCAAGACCUUUGGGAAGAAGAGGGAAUUCUCAUGGUGAAAUUGGAAGACGAUCUCACCUGUCGGCCAGAGUCCAUCUUAGAAAGGGAUGACCCUGUGCUCGAGACGUCACACCAGAACUUCCGACGCUUUCGGUACCAGGAAGCAGCGAGCCCUCGAGAAGCUCUCAUCCGGCUUCGAGAACUGUGUCAUCAGUGGCUGAGGCCAGAGAGGAGGACAAAGGAGCAGAUUCUAGAGCUGCUCGUGCUGGAGCAGUUCCUGACCGUCCUGCCCGGGGAACUGCAGAGCUGGGUGCGGGGCCAGCGGCCAGAGAGUGGCGAGGAGGCCGUGACGCUGGUGGAGGGUUUGCAGAAACAACCCAGGAGACCAAGGCGGUGGGUGACUGUCCAUGUUCAUGGCCAGGAAGUCCUAUCAGAGGAGACGGUGCCCCCGGGAGCGGCGCCCGAGUCAGCUAGUGGGCUCCAGGAUCCUGCACAGCCCUCGACCCCUGAGGAGCCCCACCGGGAGACCACGCGGAGCCCGGAGCCGGGGGCGCCCGAAGAGCGGAGCCGGCGCCCCGAGCCGGAGUUCCAGCCCCUGCAGGAGCGCGAGGCUCCGGUGCCACAGGACCCAGCCGUUCCUGAAGAGAGGAGCCCCGGAAGCCCAGAGAUGGUUGCCCUCCUUACAGCUCUAUCUCAGGGAUUGGUAACUUUCAAGGACGUGGCCGUGUGCAUCUCCCAGGACCAGUGGAGUGACCUGGAUCCAACCCAGAAAGAGUUUUAUGGGGAAUAUGUCUUGGAAGAAGACUGUGGAAUUGUGGUCUCCCUGUCAUUUCCAAUCCCCAGACUGGAUGAGAUCUCCCCCGCUGGAGAGGAGGAGUCUUUGAUCCCAGACAUCGCAGAGCCUCCUGAGCCUCAAGAGCCAGGAAUCCUGAGCUUCACCUACACAGGAGACAGGAGUGAGGAUGAAGAGGAGGAUCCUGAGCAGGAGGACCCGAGUUUGGAGGACCCCCACCAGCCCACCGUGGGAGAUGCAGACGUUCACCAGGCUGCAGACUGCGAAAUAGUCUUUGAAGAUGAUCCAGACAGACUCAACGAAAGAAGACUUGACACAAAUAUUUCUCAAGCUAAUAGUUCAACGAGCCUUCAGGAAACCAUGCCUGUCCACCCCCUGUUGGGGAGACAGCAUGACUGCCCUGUAUGUGGGAAAAGUUUCACUUGUAACUCCCACCUUGUUAGGCACCUGAGGACUCACACAGGAGAGAAACCCUAUAAGUGUACGGAAUGUGGGAAAAGUUACACUCGGAGCUCACAUCUCGCCAGGCACCAAAAGGUUCACAAAGGGGGCGCUCCUUAUAAAUAUCCCCUAAACCGGAAGAAUUUAGAUGAGACCUCCCCUCUGGUCCAGGCGGAGAGAACCCCCCGUGUUGAGAAACCCUACAGAUGUGACGAUUGCGGGAAACACUUCCGCUGGACUUCAGACCUUGUCAGGCACCAGAGGACACAUACGGGAGAAAAACCCUUCUUCUGCACGAUUUGUGGCAAGAGCUUCAGCCAGAAAUCCGUGCUCACAACACACCAAAGAAUCCACCUUGGAGGCAAGCCCUACUUGUGUGGCGAGUGUGGCGAGGACUUCAGCACGCACAGGCGGUACCUGGCUCACCGCAAGACGCACGCGGCCCAGGAGUUCUACGUGUGCAGUGAGUGCAGCCGCUGCUUCAGCCACAGCGCCGCGCUGGCCAAGCACCUGCGGGGCCACGCCUCGGUCAGGCCGUGCCGCUGCAACGAGUGUGGGAAGAGCUUCAGCCGGAGGGACCACCUCGUCAGGCAUCAGAGAACACACACGGGCGAGAAGCCCUUCACGUGCCCCACCUGUGGGAAGAGCUUCAGCAGGGGCUACCACUUAAUCAGGCAUCAGAGGACCCACGCAGGAAAGGCCUCCUAGCCGGCCCCCCUCCUGCGGACGCCUGCCUUCGGCCCUUCCCAGGGAUGGGGCGAGAGGAGCCCUCUUGUCGGCCCGGGAAGACCUUUUCUGGGGGGUCUCCCUGCCCUGCCCAGGUCUGCGUAUCCUCUUCCCACAGCUCGGCCACCCCCCGCCCUGGGCAGGACUCCUUCCACACCUGGAGGAGAGUCUUCCCAAAGCUCGCCCGAGUUAAGGCCUCUCUCCUCGACAGGAGUGUUCCUGCCUCUGCCUCAGGGGUGUGAGGUAGGAGGCCUAGAAGGCUGAAGACGUUGUGGUUAUGACGUUUUCCCCCAAAAUGGGCUGUUCCGCAUCCUGAAGACUCCCUACAGCCUCAUGUCUAGAGCAGCCAGGACAAGCCCUCAGGUUGGGUCAGGGACAGAUCUUAAAGCACAUGGCCCUGCACUCGGGGCAGGAGGUCUGCACCCCGAUGGCCCCCGCACACUCCCAGGCCAGCUGUGCGGGCCUCUCGCCGACCCGCUUCCUCACCGCGGCUUCCCUGUGACUCCGGGAGAUGCGAGGCGUGUUCAAGGGGCGGUGUCCUCAAGGCUGCUUCACAUGGACCUUGUUGGGCCGCUCCCUUCCCCA